AUGGUCAACAUCGAUAUCCCUAAUGACUACACUGUCUCGCCCUCGACGGCUACUCCUCACUUGACAAUCAACCGCGACGUCACCAUCGAUCUCGACUCAACCAACGCCUUUGAAGGUCCCGAGAAGCUCCUGGAAGUAUGGUUCAGCCCUUCUGCCACCUCCCUUCCUGAGGGAGCCAAGCCUUAUGGUCUGAAGGCCGUUUCCUCAGACACAUGGAAAGAGAUGCUCGACCUGGUGAACUGCAAGGUUCUCUCAAUCAUUGGACAUGGGCACAUGGACGCCUACCUCCUCUCCGAGUCCAGCAUGUUUGUUUUUCCCCACAAGCUCGUCCUCAAGACCUGCGGCACCACCACUCUGCUGUACGGUCUGCCAAGAAUGCUCGAGAUUGCUGCUCUCGAGGCAGGCUUCCCUGGUACCAAAGCCGACCUUUCCGCCGCCGUCCCUGCCGCCGCUACUCCUCACCGCGUCUUCUACAGCCGCAAGAACUUCCUGUACCCUGACCAGCAGCGUGGUCCCCACCGUAGCUGGCGCGAUGAGGUCAAGUUCCUUGACCAGAGAUUCUUGGGAGGCAGUGCCUACAUGAUUGGAAAGAUGAACGGCGAGCACUGGUACCUUUACAUCACUGGUCCCAACACUCAGCUCACUCCUCCUGCUACUCCUGAAAGAGAGACUCCUACCAAGAUCCUUGACUACCCUGAGCAGCUUGCUGCCGAGAAGGUCAACGCACAAAUCGAUGAGUCUCAAGACGAGACACUGGAGGUCCUCAUGACCGACCUCGACGAGCAGAACGCUCGCCAAUUCUAUCUUGAAGAUGCCAGUGCUAUCGCUGAGGGCAAGUAUCUCAAGCAGUCUCAAGACGCCCGCAAGGAUGCUAUCGCUCACCUGGGUAACAUCAACGGAGAUGAUGAUGUCGACGUCUUUGCGCAGACCACCUCUGACCCUUCUGAGAAGCUAACCUUCCCUGAGGAGUUGACCACUGAAGGUCACACUCUGGGCUCCGUCGUCUCUGAAGCCUGCGGUUUGGCCGACGUCUACCCCGUGUCUAAGUACCCCGAGGCCAAGAUCGACUCUUACCUCUUCACUCCCUGUGGAUACUCUGCAAACGGUGUCGUCCCUUCAACUGGAGAGUCCGGUUCAGCCCACUACUUCACCGUCCACGUUACUCCUGAGCCUCAAUGCUCCUACGCAUCUUUCGAGACCAACGUUCCUGCCCGCCAGACCGGACGCGAGACUCACGACAUCGUCGUUCAGGUGGUCAACAUUUUCAAGCCCGGCCGCUUCAGUGUCACCGUCUUCGAAGCUAAGACCGACGAGGACGGCUACGGCAGAGCAAGAGUCAAGAAGGACAAGAACAUGGACAACAUUGCUGGUUACCGCCGCGUCGACCGUAUCGUCCACGAUCUCGAGGGCUACGAGUUGGUCUUCAGAUACUUCGAGCGUCUGGACUGGAAGGGUGGUGCCCCUAGAUUGGGCGAAUACAUGCUGUAA